CCUGUAGCAGCAUGAAGAAGUGUGUGUGUGUGUGUGUGUGUGUGUGAUCUUAUGGUGCAACCAUGACAAGAACAGCAGUGACUAAACUUCUCAUCCUCGUGAUCCUCGCCUUUAUCAUCUGCCUCCCAGAAUUCUUCAGAUUGUAUGAAGCAUCAAAAGUUAACUUCCUCUGUCUGCCCUACCGACCCUGUGAGCGAGGGAAUCAGGUGAAGACGGGGGGAAAUGGGAAGACUGUGGAUGCUGAAAUUAGGAGAAAGGAUAUGUGUGACCCUUUACAGACUCCAGAACUUGAUAAGUGGGAGAAGACCUGCACACAACAGGGUCAAAGCAACAUGACAAAUCCUGCAUCAGACCCAGAAAGGAAGUGGUUCAUCUGUGAAACAGAUAUGGACAUGGAAGAAUUACACAGAAACAUCUCAUCUUCAGCUUUAAAGGUACAUUUCGAGGUGUCAGUGGAGCUUCAACUCAGAGAUACAGAAACCUCGAAUCUCACCUUGUACGGCUGCAGUGAUCACAGCUCCUUGUACCUCCACCCACCUGAGGAGGACGAGGAAGAGGAGGAGGAGAAGAAGAAGAAGGGUGAUGAAGGACAGGGGAAGGCAUUUUACUGCUGUCUCCCUGUCCCGCCCACCCCAGAAUCAGCCAAUCAAAGCCGAUGUCUCCUUUGGCUCUCCAAUCAAACAGUUUGGACUGCAACAGCAAAGGAAAAGCUGCCAUGGAAACGGACAGCGAAAGAUGAGUGGCGGUGUGUGUUCAGGGUGCUCUGGCUGGCUCUGCUGUGUGUGGUGCUGCUGACUAUUGUCACAGCUGUGUUCAGAGAAAUCUACAGGGGGAGAUGCAAAAAGCCCAAGGUGCAGCCUGUUGGUUACAGAUUCACUGGUCAGCUGUUAAACGAUGGUGAGAAGCAGAACGCAGAAAUCACUCACAGAGGGAGCCUUCACUCCAAUGGGUCCCGGUUUUGGUCAGCUCUGUCUCCCAUUCAAGAAGUUGACAGUCAAGAUGACAUAGAAACUCUGAUGGAUGGAAAUGUCGACCACUGUUAUACAGCAAAUCUGCAUCAUCGCAUCCCUCCACCUCCUCCCUCAUAGAGGAGCAGGCCUGGUGACAGAGGAGCAGCCAGAGGAGCACAGAAAUGGACUUAAAGUGCACUGGAGGAAAUUAAAAAUGACUGCUUCAAUUACCAGCUGCCUUUAAGGGGAAAAUAAAAACAUCUGAGGCACAUGAA